AUGAAAGAAGGCAUACAGUUAGCAGAGAUUGUUCCAGCCGUCAGGUAUCUCGAUUUCAUUGGCACCACCAAUGACAUUGACACCAUCGAGCAGAGCCAAACCCUCAAGGGCCAUGUGCGCAUCGUAUUGAUGAAAGCUCUUAAAAUCAAAUCCAUCACAGUGAAAUUCAAGGGAGCAUCUUCAGUAAAGACAUUUGACUACAAUAACCAAGUGACAACGCCUCUACUGCCAAAGUUAAAGAUGAAAUUAUUACAGAAACCCGCCAUAUUACCCAUGGGAGAGCAUGUACUGCCUUGGGAAUUGGAUGUGCCCAACAUUUAUCCUCGAAGCUUUCAUAACCAAAGAGCAAGAGUAGACUACAAAGUGCAACUCAAAAUUUCGCUUGGCGGCAUCAAUAAAUCGAUUGUGGUGAACCGCACCAUUGUCAUUCGUCGACACAUGUUUCUAUCAAGAGACUUGAUCGCUGUGAUUACCACCAGAACAUUUGAGCAUGGCGUCAAUGACAUGCUGCGCUUCAGAGUAGAGACACCAAAGAUCGUUUGCAGCGAACAAGGCUAUAUACCAAUCUUGAUUGACUUUAAAAGCCUAAACGAGGCAUUCUCAGUCAAGCAAAUUUACACGCAAAUCAUAGAGACAACCACAUUCAAGUGUCGCAAUGUCUCUAAAACAGAAGCCGAUAUGACCAUCGUAGGCAUCAAGAGGGAUAGCCCAAUUAUUGAAAGCUUCGUCAAGUACGGAGAUGCCGGAUUAUUCUCCAAGACCGUGAAACGUGUCAUACCAGCAACAAUAAACAAUUUGGACGUGCAAGAUCAAGAUUACGGUGCUAUCUCGGUGCCUUUAUUGGUCAAGCAAGAACUGGAUAUGUUGCUGGAGCACGAUAUCGAUUCUCCUUUGGUCGCUAUCACUCAUCAUUUAGAAUUGACUUUUAACUUUGGUGGUGAGGUAGAUGAAAUUCGUGCGAAAAUUCCAGUUAUAGUAAGUUCCGUGCCUGACUCCAUCAGCAUCCACAGCAGCGACAGCGGCAACAAACUUAGAAAGCAUGCCAUUGAAGCACAGCUACAUGAACUGCCUCUUUCAGUAGAGAUCGCAGACGCGAUUCCUACCGCAAAGCGGCAUGAUGGCUAUCGAAGCACAUUGGAUGGAUCUUCCACUACGAGCAGCCCGCUGAAAGAUAGCUUUUGGUUAUCAACAGCAGAUGGCAAAACCCUUAAAAAGGCAGCAUCGGAUCAGAAUAUCUCAAGAACGAGGACGAGUUCUGAAAAGAGCCUUCUGAGAGGUAGCAGCAAUGGUAAGCGUAGGUCCAUUACACCAUCACCACCCACCUCAAGGCCCUCCAGUACAAAAUCAAACAAAUUACCCGUCCAAUCCAUCGACAUUCACCUUGCCAACAACAACAACAACAACAACAACAACAACAACAGAGAUAAAGCCGCACAGUACAUGUACAUGCCUACAUCAGCUAUGUUUGCGUCUAGUACACCUUUUGACGACCAUGACCGAGCAGCAGCAUUGAAAUCGCCAUUUAGUGGUGCAUUUGUUGGUUUACAUCCUCCUCCUCGAAAGAAUAACCGUAAAAAGGAGCCAGCCAAGAUGCAACUCGAAAGCGAUGAUUCAAGUACGCUAUCAAGACAGCUCACGACGAGUAGUUCUACUUCAACAGCUUCAGCAAAGACAUACUCUCGGCCCACAUCACCUGCUUCCGUCGCACAGACAUCAGGCAGCACCAUUGACCACUAUACAAUGCCAUUGCCACCUGUGCCAUAUAGCAAUAGGAACAGUAGCCAUUCUUCUUCUUUAGAGAAUGGCCAUCUCUUAUCACCUACCACCACGGCCCGUAGAGCAUUGCUGAACCAAAGCAAAAGCAGCAAUACAUCCUCAUCCUACAAGACAUUGUCCAUCAAGAAGCGAUCAAACUCAAUCGACCCAGAGAGCAUUUAUUCGACCUCUAUCACAAACCACUAUGUUGGAGCAGAGUUGCCUCCUAUCCCCUCUUCCUCCUCCUCCUCCUCUGUGAAUGCCGCUGCCGGUAUGGCACCAUCACCUCCUGCAAUGACUCGUCAACGACUGCCAUCUGUACCCAAUGUAGAUGAACAUCGUAAAACUAGAAUGUAUUUUGAAGAAGAUGACAGCGAUGAUGAUGACAUUUCGUUCUACUUUCAAUAA